UCUGCCAAGGUUUCCGUUUGGGGACGCAUGAGAAGAGUUGAUUUUAUAUUGAAUAGUUCAAUAGUUGAAGAUCUUGUGGUAUUGCAUUGCUUUUAAACAGUAUUUUAUUAUUAUUACUGGGACUACGAUUACUACUAAUAAUAAUUAGGCAAGGCCGAUUCAUUAUAUUGACGUCCGUGCCCCCCUAUGAAAUGCGACUGUAAUGUUACCAUUUUAAAUGCGUGCGAUACAUUACAGUUCUAGUUUCUUUAGAAUCUGAAACAGUAAGCCUUCAGUCAGAUCUUGUACAUUUUGCUCGUUUUUAGUAGUUGUCUUUUUGCUUGGUCUUUUAUUUUUGAUUUCGGCGGUUAAUACGAAGGAUAUUGCUAAUACGAAGUUUUUUUUUUGUUUUUUUUUCUUCCCAAUUAUUGGUUUUAUUUGUUAGACGGGGUACUGUGCCGUCCACACCACAUCUUCGCGCAUAAAUUACAUCUCCAUGCGCUUCCAGACCGGUAGCGUUACUUCAAGAUGCCACAAAUACAAGUUACACCUUUGGGGGCCGGGCAGGAUGUGGGCCGCAGCUGCAUCUUGGUUUCUAUUGGAGGAAAGAAUGUGAUGCUGGACUGUGGGAUGCACAUGGGAUAUAACGAUGAUAGACGUUUUCCAGAUUUCUCCUACAUUACACAGAAUAGCAGGUUAACAGAGUUUCUCGAUUGUGUCAUCAUUAGCCAUUUCCACUUGGACCACUGUGGAGCUCUGCCUUACAUGAGUGAGAUGGUGGGCUUUGAUGGACCCAUAUACAUGACACAUCCCACAAAGGCCAUCUGCCCAAUCCUAUUGGAGGAUUACAGGAAAAUCACAGUGGACAAGAAAGGAGAAACAAACUUCUUCACAUCCCAGAUGAUCAAAGACUGCAUGAAGAAAGUGGUUGCUGUGAAUCUGCUCCAGACAGUGCAGGUAGACGAUGAGCUGGAGAUUAAAGCCUACUAUGCAGGGCAUGUUCUGGGUGCAGCCAUGUUCCAGAUCAAAGUGGGCUUGGAGUCUGUGGUGUACACUGGUGAUUAUAAUAUGACACCUGACAGACAUUUAGGGGCUGCAUGGAUUGACAAGUGCCGUCCCGAUAUCUUGAUCUCCGAAUCCACAUACGCCACCACGAUCCGAGACUCGAAGCGCUGCCGAGAGCGAGACUUCCUGAAGAAGGUGCAUGAAACAGUGGAGCGGGGAGGAAAGGUCCUUAUCCCUGUCUUUGCUCUGGGAAGAGCCCAGGAACUCUGUAUUUUGCUGGAAACAUUCUGGGAUAGAAUGAACCUGAAGGCACCCAUUUAUUUUUCCACUGGGCUAACAGAGAAGGCAAACCAUUAUUAUAAACUGUUCAUCACGUGGACCAAUCAGAAGAUCCGGAAAACAUUUGUACAAAGAAAUAUGUUUGAAUUCAAGCAUAUAAAGGCUUUUGACAGAUCCUAUGCAGAUAACCCUGGCCCCAUGGUUGUAUUUGCUACCCCGGGAAUGCUUCAUGCAGGACAAUCUCUUCACAUCUUUAAGAAGUGGGCCGGCAAUGAGAAGAACAUGGUCAUCAUGCCAGGGUACUGUGUGCAAGGCACUGUGGGGCAUAAAAUAUUAAGCGGACAGAAAAAACUGGAGAUGGAGGGAAGACAAACUUUGGAAGUGAAGAUGCAGGUGGAGUACAUGUCCUUCAGUGCCCACGCAGAUGCCAAGGGGAUAAUGCAGCUGAUUCGCAUGGCUGAGCCGCGCAGCGUCCUACUGGUGCACGGGGAGGCCAAGAAGAUGGAGUUCCUCAAGCAGAAAAUUGAGCAGGAGUUCAAUAUCAACUGCUUCAUGCCUGCAAAUGGAGAAACAGCCACCACUGUGACCAACCCCAGCGUUCCUGUGGACAUUGCACUGAGCUUGCUGAAGAGGGAGGCAGCGCUCGGUCCGUUACCAGACCCAAAGAAACCAAGAACAAUGCACGGCACUCUUAUAAUGAAGGACAAUCAGAGCCUUCGCCUGGUCGCUCCUGAGCAGGCAUUGAAAGAGCUGGGCCUCAGUGAACACCAGCUGCGGUUCACCUGUCGAGUUCAGGUACAGAAUCCCCAGUCUGAACAGGACACUCUCAACACAAUCUACAGCCAUCUGAAGAGUGUGCUGAAGGAGCACUCAAUCCAGCACCUUCCCGAUGGCACUGUGAUGGUGGAGUCCAUUCUCAUUAAAGUUUCUGCCGCUGCAGAGGAGCCCAGCACAAAAAUCUUGCUGGUUUCAUGGAGUUACCAGUGUAUCCAAUUCAUGCUGCCUUCUGCAACAAUGCUGGUGCAGUGAUUGAAAUGAGUGCUGUAUUGUGGGAACAGAAAAGCAGCAUCGUUGCAGGAGGGAGUGUGGUCUGGAUACACUGCAGGAGGCAGCGUGAUCUGGAUACACUGCAGGAGGGAGCGUGAUCUGGAUACACUGCAGGAGGGAGCGUGAUCUGGAUACACUGCAGGAGGGAGCGUGAUCUGGAUACACUGCAGGAGGGAGUGUGAUCUGGAUACACUGCAGGAGGGAGCGUGAUCUGGAUACACUGCAGGAGGGAGCGUGAUCUGGAUACACUGCAGGAGGGAGCGUGAUCUGGAUACACUGCAGGAGGGAGCGUGAUCUGGAUACACUGCAGGAGGGAGUGUGGUCUGGAUACACUGCAGGAGGGAGUGUGAUCUGGAUACACUGCAGGAGGGAGUGUGAUCUGGAUACACUGCAGGAGGGAGUGUGGUCUGGAUACACUGCAGGAGGGAGCGUGAUCUGGAUACACUGCAGGAGGGAGCGUGAUCUGGAUACACUGCAGGAGGGAGUGUGAUCUGGAUACACUGCAGGAGGGAGUGUGAUCUGGAUACACUGCAGGAGGGAGUGUGAUCUGGAUACACUGCAGGAGGGAGUGUGGUCUGGAUACACUGCAGGAGGGAGUGUGAUCUGGAUACACUGCAGGAGGGAGCGUGAUCUGGAUACACUGCAGGAGGGAGUGUGAUCUGGAUACACUGCAGGAGGGAGUGUUAUCUGCAAUGCUUAGAAGAUUUUUUUUUUUCUGAUUUUUAACAGCUUCACACAAUCUCUUUUUUUUUCAGGACGAGGAACUUGGAGGCUACCUGUGUACUUUACUCAGAAAGGGAUUGCCUCAGAGUACUGGCUGAGUGGCUGGAGGAGCAAUCAAAUCACCUGACGGCUGAAGCUGCCAUUCAUUUUUGUGUAAAAUGUUUUUUUUUGUGUGGCUUUUGUAAUAAAGUAAAUUAAAUUUGAAA